CUAGGUACCUACACUUUUUCUUAUUUUCGUUUUUAUAGCCUCUUUGGAUCACUCUCAACCUAGAAACAACAGCAAAAAUGAAGAGAAGUCUCUUCAUUGGUUGCAUUUUGGCCACACUGGCUGUGCUAGCAAACUGUGCUCACCAUGAAUCAUCACCUCGGAAAUCACCAGCACCGUCACCAUCAGCAGAUUGUACCAAUGUGGCAUUUGACAUGUUGGAUUGUAUAACCUAUUUGUCGGACGGUAGCGAAGCGGCGAAGCCCACUGAUUCUUGCUGUGCUGGGUUUGAAGCAGUGCUUAGUCAGGAUGCUGAGUGCUUAUGUUUUGCAAUGAAGCAUGGUGCAGAUUUUGGCGUUGCUGUGAAUCUUACCAGGGCUGCAGCUUUAUCUUCUGAGUGUGGAGUUUCUGCUCCUCCUCUUAGUAAAUGUAGCAUCUCUGUGCCUGCUACCGGUGCACCUGCUAACCCUCCAUACUCCGUACCAGAGCCAGCUCCACCAACAGAAUCUCCACCGUAUCCUGUUAUAGAGCCACCAACAAAUAACCAACCUUCAGCCCCAGCUCCGGCACCAUCGAACAGUGAUGAGAAUGGGGUUUCAGCAGCAGCUCCAGUAAUUAUUGAAGUUCCAGCACAAGCACCAGCGAAAGGGAUGGCAUAUUCUAUCUCUGCACCCUUUUCGGUUCUCAUUGGCUGCGCUGUUGCUUCCACAGCUCUUUUCCUGUGGGUUUAGAAUGUCAUUACAUGGUGACUUUUAUUUUGUUGUUUUUAUUAUUUAAGCUGUUCUUUAAUUUUUUUGCCAUGUUUGAUGGGAUGCUUUCCUCUGGUCUUGUUCUGUCACACGGUAAAUCUUUGGUUUCUUGAAUUUGAUUUUGACCUUUUUUUUUUUU